ACUUCACUCUCACAAACGCUGAGAGCCUCUGAGUGACUGCAGGAGACACAAUGGCAUCAGGUGAUAUUGCAGGAGAUCUAGAUGACCUUUAUAUUUCCAGCUGUGGUUCAGAUUAUGAUGAUGAAGAUGAUGAUGAUGAUGAUGAUGACGAAGAAGAUGAAGACAAUUGCGAGGUCUCUGAAGAGGAUGAUGAUGAAGAUGAGGAUGAUGAAGAAGAUGAGGAUGAUGAAGAUUAUGAUGAUGAUGAAGAUGAGGAUGAUGAAUAUGAGGAUGAUGAAUGUGAUAGUGAUCAUGAUGUGUGGGAAGUUGAAAGUCAUCAUGAAGUGAUCUUUGAACAGGAAACAACGGUGGGCGUUGAGAAAUCAGAAGCGGCGUCUGGUGAGUCUCAGAUCACAAAAGGAGCCAAACAGGUACCAAGAUGUCAUCAAUCAAGUGAUCCUGCAGUGGUCCCUGCUAAAGAGAAAGCAUGUCGUCGAAAGGGUCCAGUAAAGAAAACCUCAGAACAGGAAACAACGGUGGGCGUUAAGAAAUCAGAAGCGGCGUCUGGUGAGUCUCAAAUCACAAAAGGAGCCAAACAGGUACCAAGAUGUCAUCAAUCAAGUGAUCCUGCAGUGGUCCCUGCUAAAGAGAAAGCAUGCCGUCGAAAGGGUCCAAAAAAGAAAACCUCAGAACAGGAAACAACGGUGGGCGUUGAGAAAUCAGAAGCGGCGUCUGGUGAGUCUCAGAUCACAAAAGGAGCCAGACCAAGAUUUCAUCAAUCAAGUGAUCCUGCAGUGGUCCCUGCUAAAGAGAAAGCAUGCCGUCGAAAGGGUCCAAAAAAGAAAACCUCAGAACAGGAAACAACGGUGGGCAUUGAGAAAUCAGAAGCGGUGUCUGGUGAGUCUCAGAUCACAAAAGGAGCCAGACCAAGAUGUCAUCAAUCAAGUGAUCCUGCAGUGGUCCCUGCUAAAGAGAAAGCAUGCCGUCGAAAGGGUCCAGUAAAGAAAACCUCAGCAGCCAUAUGUAUAGAAGAGGAGAUUAUCACUGAGCAGGAGCUGAAACAAAGAGAGAAGGCAAGACGUAAACGGAUUACGAAGAAGGUGGCAGUGGGAGCUGGUGUGACGGCAGCGACUGUGGCUAUUGUGGGUUUAGCGGUGGUUACAGGAGGAGUGUCCGUACUCGCCAAGGUUGCAGUUGUUGCAGGCAUACGUGCAGUACGCAAACAUAGGAAGAAGAAGAAAAAAAAAAUGAUGGAAAAAUUGCUAUAUCAGAAACAAUGUCGUACUGUAAACAUGUACUACAGUGAAUUUCAAACAACUUAAAAUAGGGCAUAAUAGUUUUAUGGUUAAAUGGUUAUGACAUAGUUUUACCACAUACAGCUGAAACCAGAAGUUUACAUACACUCUAAAAAAAGGAGCAUAAUCAUUUUUAAAAAAAAAUGUCUGAUGGUAAAUCAUACUGAACGUUUACUAAUUUAGGUCUGAUAGGAUUACCUACAUGAUUUACAUUUGCUAAAUGCCAGAAUAAUGAGAGUUUUAUGAGAAAUUUUAUUAAUUUCUAGACAGUCUAAAGUUUACACACAUUUCCUUGGUAUUUUUCUAAACUGUAUAACUUUUUACAGUUAUGUUUUGGGUAUCCUUCCACAAGCUUCUCACAAUAGUUUGAGGAAAUUUUGUCCCAUUCCUCCUGACAGAACUGGUGAAACUGAGUCACCUUUGUUGGCUGUCUUGCUCGCACAAGCUUGUUCAACUCUGUCCACACAUUUAUAUAGGGCUGAGAUCAGGGCUUUGUGAUGGCCGCUCCAAAACAUUCACUCCGUUGUCCUUACAUAGUUUUUUUUCCCAGUGUAAAGGUGCGGUCACACUGGGCUUUUCCUCCCAUAGACUUCCAUUCAUACGCACGCGAAUGCGUCAGACCGGAAACGCGGGGUCAUGCGUUAAGUUUCGCAGGUUGCUGCGGUGCAAAGUUCAAGCUUGGUGAACUCUGACCUGUGAAAUCGCAUCAUUUGACUGCGUGAGACCAAUCGAGGAUCAAAACAUGACCUCUCUGGGCAAAAAUGUAAAACAUGGAGCAAUCGCUCGCUUUUUUAAAUGUCUAAUAAGCUUGUUUAAUCCUGCCCCUUUUCGCAGCGCCGUACGACAGAAUUUCGCACACACAAAGCCCGGUGUGACCGUAGCUUAAUUUAGUUAAUUGUAAUCUGGGUUUAUUGUUGAUUCUGGCUUGUUGAUUUUCCCAAGUUGUCACACAAUGAAGCAGUGUGUUUGAGGUUUUCCUUAAAUACUAUUCUACAGUGAUGCCUCCAAUUAACUCAAAUGUUGUCAAUUAGCCAAUCAGAAACUUACAAAACAUUGACCAUCAUCAUCUGAGCUUUUUCAGAGGCAGAAUAAUCUUGACUUUCAAGAAGUUAUAACAAUUUCUCAAACAAAUAUCUCUCUCAUUAUUCUGCUAUUCAGCAUAACAGAAACAAAUUUGACAAUCCUAACUUACCUAAAAGAGAAAAGGUUUAGUCACAUUAACAUUUUUUGAUCUGCUUUUUUUAAUGGUUAUGUGUCUUUUAUACAGUGUAUGUAAACUUCUGGUUUCAACUGUACAUCAUGUUAAAUUACACAUAUAUGCAUGUUCCUUGUGCACAAAGACAAAAAGCUUUUAGUUCUGAUAAUAUUUUGGUGAAUAUGGCGAAUAUUGUUUCCUGAAUAGACACUAGUUUGUGUCUGCUUUUAAGACAGUAUAUAUGUGUAUUGUAUGUGUUUUUUAUUCAGCAGUCUCAUAACAGAUCAAACCAUAUGGCUGAUUUUAAUUUUCAGAUUCAGCACUGGUUAGGUUGUGUGUUUAAGUCUGCUUUAUGUACAGUAACAUGAGGUGGUAGUUCUGAUUCUUCUCUGUCUCCACAACAAUGUUGAUCUAUAUUAUUUGUUUCAAUUAAAGCCAAAAUAUUA